UGUGCAUGGCUUCCCACUGCUGGGGGUCUGCCUGAGACUGGGAGGGGGGAAAAGGGCAGGCAGGGGCUUCCCAGCACCUCAGCAGGACCCUUCUGCUCCUUGGCCAUGGGGCCCAGCUUGGGUUGCACUGCUGGCCCUGCAAAGCAGCCUUCCCCUCCACCCCCUCCAGCCCUGCCCCUCAGCUGGCACAGCAGGCACGGAGCAGGCCCUGGGGACGUCUUCCAGGGAUACCAAGCCCUGCCAGGUGCUCACCACUGCUCACGGUUGCUCUCUCCUUCCUCUGCAGUGUGCAUGCUGUGCCGCCAGGCACAGGUCGACCCGGAUAUCUGCGGGCAGACAUUUGUCAAUGGUGGGCUCUGUGCCCACCACUUCUGCUUGUUCUUUGCCAACAACCUUUUGAAAAGGAGACGCCCAGUGGGGGGAAUUUCUGGCUUCCCCCUUGAUGCCGUCCAGCGCACAAUCCAGCAGGCUGACAAGAAGGUGAGGACCUGAACACAGUGGGGAGCUUGGUGCUGGCAGAGGCCCACACUGGCUUCCCCUGGACACAAAGAAAGCGA